UUCAUAAUUGAGGGCAAUUUCGUCACCUCAUCAUUAUAAAUAGCAAUCAGUGCGGCGGCUAUUUCGCUCCAUCGUCGUCGUCGUCGUCGUCGUCGUGGUAUUAGAAACAGAGAUCGAGACGGGAAAGUUGAGAUUUUUGUAUCGGUUCUUACCCAAAACUUCCGGCCAAGAAUUAGUUUUUAGUGCACCUUUGAAUAGGUUUGCCGAGUUGCUGCCGCCAAUUAGGUUUGAUUGCUCGAGCUGUUGCCCAUUUCGUGCGAAAAGUUGCUUCUUUGAGCUUCUUCAAUGGCGAAGAGGAGGAAACAGGAGUCGUCGUCCGUUUCAAAGCUCUUGCUGUUUCCUUUUUAAUCGAUUUCACUCUGCUCUGUCUUUCGCCAUAAUUUCGAGUCCGAGAAUCGAAGUAGAAGAGGAAUCUGAAGAGCAGACAAGAGAAGAAGCACUCAUGUACGGAUCGUCGCCGGCGAAAGAUCUCAACUUUCCUUACCCCGCCUCCGCCGCCGCUUUCGGAGGUCAACGCUUGGAACACCCGGAGUCCGGUCAACUCCACCGCCGCCACCAGAUGAGCUCCAGCCUUCUCCGCUACCGGUCGGGGCCAAUAUCGCCCCUCCCCAACAAGCUCGACACCGAGACCGAGACCCUGUUUGCUCGGUUCUUGGGGCCCGACGAGGACUCCAGAUGCGGCGGCGCCACCUCCUGCCACCUCGGCUCCCUUUUCCCUCCCCCGCCGCCGUCACUGCAGGAAGUCAACGGGCAGCAGCAGGCCAGAGGAUUCCCCUCAUUUGCUCAAAAGAACAUGAUCACUCACCAGCACCAGCUAUUGGAUGCCGAACAAAACAAGAACAGCUCCGCCAAUCUCAGUCGGCAAAGCAGCUCCCCCGACGAUUACGGAAUUAUAAAAGGAAUGGGUGGCUUCAUGAUGGAUUCAAGGCAAAGCUCAGUCACCUCACAGCUUUCCGACAACAACUACAAACAUUCCGGUGGCAACUCCGGCAGCCGGACUAUUUCCGCCUCUGGCUUUCCGGCGGCUUCCUGGGAUGACUCCUUCCCCCUCUUAAACAACAACACCAGCUUCACUUCACUGGAAUCCAAGUUCCACUCGCCCAACAACUCGCCGGCGAUGACCACCAUCGAGAAGUUCUUACAGUUGCACGAUGCGGUCCCUUGCAAGAUCAGAGCCAAAAGGGGCUGCGCCACACAUCCCCGGAGCAUCGCCGAGAGGGUGAGGAGGACUCGCAUCAGUGAGAGGAUGAAGAGGCUCCAGGAGUUGGUCCCUAACAUGGACAAGCAAACCAAUACUGCAGAUAUGCUAGAUUUGGCCGUAGACUACAUCAAAGAUCUGCAAAAACAAGUCAAGGCGUUGUCAGAGAACCGAUCCAGCUGCAGCUGUUCAGCUAGCAGGCAGAAGCAUUACUGAUGAAAAAGGAAAAAAUUUAAUUAGAUGAUCAAAUAAAAAACAGUGAAGAUUAUAGGUUUAUAGUAGCCAAUCCAUAGAUAUAUAGUGACACAGUUGGCCACAAUAUAUGUUUGUGUUUGUUGAAUGUAAUCUAUCAGUAAUUAACUGGAAGAAAAAUAUUACAAGUU